AUGGGACAAACAGCAUCCACAAUUUAUCGAAGGUAUUCGCCCUGUGCGCUACCAAUAUACAGAUUACUCAUCUGCGGGAUUUCGGCAUCUGGGAAAACGUCGAUCCUCUAUCGCCUUGCGCUUCCUGACAAGGAAGGAAUGCUGGAUGUCAUUCCCACCAUUGGUUUUAAUAUUGAAACCUUCCGGGGGGAUGCUGCUGAACUUACUGGCUGGGACUUGGGAGGCCGAGAAAAAACGCGUCCCUUGUGGAGACAUUACUUUGAAGGAAGUGAUGCCAUAGUCUUUGUGGUCGAUUCCUCUGAUCGGUAUACGAUAGAUGAAUCGAGGGACGAGUUUCGCCGGCUUACGAGCGAAGAAGAGACAAGGAAGCUCCCGGUACUCUUGCUAUGUAACAAACAAGAUUUACCAAAUGCUAUGACACCCGAAGAAGUUAUGGAGGCAUUUGGAUUGGAUGCGAAAAGUAUGGAAGAACGACCGAUUCUGGUUCAUGGGUGUUCGGCCAAAACGAAUGAUGGUCUAGAUGAGAGUAUUAACCUAUUGGCAGAUUGCCUUGUAGAAGCCAAGGCUUUUGGGGCCACAAAGUCAAUCCAACAUUCAUUGGAUGACUCCUUGACAAGAACCGAUGAGAGCACUUCGACAUUGUCUCAUUCUUCGUUGGAUACCUCUGUCAAUGUCAGUAGGCAGAAUGAGACGCUUCAAAACUUUUCCCGAAUCAAGAAGUCUACAGAAUGUCCAUUUGCCAAGAGAGCUAAAUUAUGGGGUGGUUUGGUGUCAGCAGAAGCAUUCAGUAUCGAAGCUCAAGCUGCUUCUCACAUUCCGCCGUUGAUCGAGUUUUGUGAACGGCUAGCUGAAAGUGAAUCUCUCGAUGGCUUUUGCAUUGAAAUCGAUGAUGAAGUGGCUGCCAAAGGAGGCCCAGAAGAGUUUGGACAAUGCGUGCGGCGGAUGCUUUCGGAACUUUCCGUCAAUGAUCCUGCCGGAGAGAACGUCAUGGCAGCAAAGUACAUCGAUCGUCCAGGGUGGAGAUAUCGCUUCCAUUCCACCGAUUUUUUUGUUACUACUUUUGCUCCGUGCUACUCAGAGAUAUCUAGUCGAUAUGGCUUUGGUUCCGACAAGGCGUUCAUUCUCUUGCAGCCGGAAUCAUCCUUUCUACGGCACAAACUCCCACCCGAUUCAGCUGAGACAGAUUGGAACAACCCGCGAAAUAUAAGGGAGAAGACCCGGGUUGCCUUCAAGAACGCGGGAAGACCAUAUUAUAUUCCCGAAACAACUUCUUAUCCGAUAGUCGAGCAUAUCGUCAAACCAAUCUGCGACGAUGGGAAGAAUGUCGUACGCUGGUGGACGGAGCAGUGA